AUGACCAGUACUACGACUACGACUACAACUACUCCUUCUACAUAUCUUCAUUAUAAAAAGUACUUGGAAGUCUCGAAUGCACCACCUGUAUACUCAUCUACGGAUGACCUUACGGCAUACUUUGGUCAAUAUGGUGGCUGUUUCAUGGCGGAGACGACGAUUCAAGCGCAUCAAAACCUGAUCAAAGAGUAUGUCAAGGCGACCCAAGACCCAACCUUUCGUCAAGAAUUGGAGCAAUUGGGCCGUGACUAUAUUGGUCGUCCUACACCACUGUAUCAUGCAAAACGACUUACGUCCUAUGCCAAGGGCGCUCAGAUCUGGCUCAAACGUGAAGACUUGGCCCAUACAGGUGCAUACAAGAUUAACAAUGCACUGGGUCAAGCAGUGCUGGCUAAGCGUCUGGGCAAGACUCGUAUCAUUGCAGAGACUGGUGCUGGUCAGCAUGGUGUGGCUACAGCAACGGCUUGUGCACUUUUGGGUCUAGAGUGCGUGAUCUACAUGGGUUACAUCGACACACAGCGCCAGUCGCUUAAUGUGCUCCGAAUGAAAAUGCUUGGUGCUAAGGUUGUUGCUGUCAAGAGUGGCUCGCAGACGCUCAAGGAUGCAAUGAACGAAGCAAUUCGCGACGCGGUCUCGCAUGUGGACGAUACGCACUACAUCAUUGGCUCGGCUAUUGGCCCGCACCCAUUCCCGACAAUGGUGCGCGAUUUCCAGACCAUUAUUGGUCGUGAGAUCAAGGCACAGCUGCAGGAAGAGAUUGGUCGACUGCCGGAUGCUAUUGUGGCGUGUGUAGGUGGAGGCAGCAAUGCCAUUGGUAUGUUCCAUCCGUUUGCAAAAGAUGAGUCGGUAGCCAUGUAUGGCGUAGAAGCUGGUGGUGACGGUGUGGACACGAAACGUCACUCGUCUACAUUGUUAGCCGGUCGACCUGGUGUGCUUCACGGCACGAAGACGUACAUUAUCCAGGAUAGUGCGGGUCAAGUAAUGGAGACACACUCAGUGUCUGCUGGUCUGGAUUAUGCUGGUGUUGGCCCCGAGCACGCGUUUUUGAAAGAUUCAGGCCGUGCCAAAUACGUGAGUGUGACUGAUAAGGAGGCACUUGAGGCUUUUCAGCUUUUGUCUCUAUAUGAAGGAAUCAUUCCAGCACUUGAAAGCGCCCACGCAGUAUACUACGGUGUAAAACUUGCUUCCACACUGUCUUCUGAUCAGGUUGUGGUCAUUAACGUCAGUGGCCGCGGUGAAAAGGAUAUGUUGCAAGUAGCAAAGGAGCUUGGCGUGGAUCUUGACGGUGACCUCACUGACAACUAA